CAGCCCUCACGCGUCUCGCCGUGAGCUACAGGUUAGCUCGUCGGGAACGCCUCGUUUCUCGUUCGGCCCCAAUAAAAGAACGCUGGGAAAGCCUCGACCCGAUGGCCCGGCUGUCCGAGUCCACCACGAAGUCUACCGUUAGAGAGGUAGAUAUCACACUCAGGCAACCUUUACGGAGUUCCUGCUACGUCAGUGAUAAAAGCGAUGCGCCGCAGCGACCGAUUGAAACCUGCGACCCGGGUUCCCUUGGUCCCUGUUCAACAUGCACCGGCUGCCAACGUGCAGCAACCUGCCGAACCUCGCAAGGGCCUGACAAGGGUGCAAGGUCAGGCAAUUCACUACGAAAAGCCCGAGAAGAACGUCAGGUCGCCUAAAGCACGGAAGGCCGCAGCCGAGGCACCUGCCCCUAGCGGACUCCCAGGCACUACGCAACGCCCCCCGACCUCCAACAAAGCGGGAGCCGACGAAAUCAAAGCCUUCAUUCAGGAAAAGGCUGAAGAACGCAAGGAGCUGCGAAAAAAGCAAAUCGCUGUCGCUACAGCUCAAGCGAAAGAGGUCGCGGCUCGUCUGCAGGCCUUGAACGAGUUUCGCCGAAUGCAGCGUCGGACGGGUGGUGUUGACUCGGGCAGAUCGCGCUCUCGGAGCCAUAGCCCGAAGAAAGGAAGACAGCGGAGGAUCGAGUCGUCAGCGGCUCAGGACGGUGAUGGGAUCACGAGGACGGUCGAGAAGGAGGUUCCUCCCCAUCCACCGACUCUCCGAACGCCACCCACCCCGAUUGGGAACCAAAGCAUCUUCGCUCUGGCUUGUGAGGGAGAGGAAGCAUACCGCGUAUCGGCUGAGGACGUUCGUCCGGUGGAUUUAGAUGCGGUCAUUGCAUCCGCGCGAUCCCUCCAAGGCCGCCUCUCGAAAGAUGCCGCUCCCUCUACGGAAGACGAACUUACAUCGUCGGAUACGUCUUUUGAGGCAGACGUGUUACAGCUUUCGGACGCACUGCCUGUAACUACGCCAGUGGUCCCUCAAACACGAUUGCCGGUCCUUAUCCAUCUAAAGGACCCGCAGCACAUACCGGACUCCCUGAGUACCGUCAACAUUUACACCCGGACCGCAGCUCAGACGGACGGCGACGUGAAGAAAAGUUGGUCGAAUGCCGUAUGUCAGACCGACCUACCGGUGACGAUCGAAGCCGAAACUUCACCGUUGUCAAUCAUCGAAUGGUCAAACGCGGUUUGCCAGACGGACAUACCACAAACGAUGGAAGUCAGCACCUCACCAUUGGCGAUUGCCGAAUACCCUUACUCACCUCCACCGGUGCCGCAAGGUGCGGUGGGCUACAGGGAUACUUGCGAUGAGCCAGAGCAAGAGCCUCCGCACGCUUGCAGCCCCUUCCCCGAUUGGGGCGGGCGCCUGUCCCCGCAGGCUUUAGCGAGAAAGUUGACUGCAGAGCUGAACGCCCUGGAGGCUGUGCAGCUGGCAGAGCUCCAUGUCGUAGAGCUAAACAGAAUCCGAAUGUCCGCUCGGGAACCGGCAGUUCUACCGCAAGCGCCGGAACAGGAGUCUCCCUACAUUGCCUCGGCAAGCGGCCUGGCUUCGGUCUCUGCUCUUUUCGUUUCGGCACCAUCCGCCGCAGACGCGCCUUCGAUUGUCCCUUCGGUCGUUCCUUCGGCCGUCUCUUUGGCCGUCCCUUCGGUCGUCCCCUCGGCCGACCCUCCGUUCGUCCCUCCGGUCGCUCCUCUGGUCGCUCCUUCGAUCGUUCCUCCGAUCGUUCCUUCGGCCGUCUCUUCGGCCGUCCCUUUGGUUGUCCCCUCGGCCGUGCCUUCGGUCGUCCCUUCGGUCGUCCCCUCGGCCGACCCUCCGUUCGUCCCUCCGGUCGCUCCUUUGGUCACUCCUUCGGUCGCUCCUUCGGUCGCUCCUUCGGUCGCUCCUCCGGUCGUGCCUGCGGUCGUGCCUUCGGCCGUUCUUUCAACCGCUCCUUCGGAAGCUCCUUCGGUCGUUCCUUCGGUCGUUCCUUCGGUGGUGACGGUGGAACUGGAGGCUCCUGAUAACGUUCCUGUUCCCCGAGCAGAUCUGGCGGCCAUGCCUUUAGUUGCCAUCGAAAAAUGGCUAGAUGAGAUACGACAGGCUUUCGAAGAAGAACUCGUACACCUCUGCGGCGAAGAGGCAACUCUCGAGAAAACACUCCGAGAGAAACUCCUGGACCUCAGAGGUCGCCUUUCUCGUCGUGCCUUUGAACGGAUUGAACGCAACGAGGUGACACUUUAUGAGGAGAGAAAAGCGCUCCUUCAAAAGAUGAAAAGGGCAGUUCAUUCCGAGUAUUUUGAAGACAUAGCUGCGGCCAAAGAAGCGUUGGCGCAGAGAAGAUCAGCUGCUUCUCGGGUUGAGGCGACAUCGGUGUACAAUGAAGCAUUAGCCGCGCCUAACAACGAGAUAAUCGCUGUGGGAGAGGUCGCAUGUACAUCGGUGUGCAAUGGGGAAUCCGCCGUGCCGUUGACCGAAUUUACAAUGGAAGACGUUGUAUCUCCAUCGGUGGGCGGUGACGCGUCUGCCGCGCCGUCUCAUGAAAGACUCGCAGAGGAGGACGUCUCAUCUACAUCAGUGUGCGAGGAGGAAUCCGCCGCUCCGUUCGACGAACAAAUGACAAUGGAAGACAUCGCAAGCGACAGCAUUGCUGGGCAGGAGGAUGCCCGGAACGUGGCAUUGGUAGAAACGCACCUCACAAGUACAUUGGCCGCGGCAGGCAACGAAGAUGCAGAGGCCAACACGGGUUUCAUGGAUAAAGUUCACGACAGGGAUGCGGCUUCAGAGGAAGCGCAACCUCUCGCUACUUUUGCUCCGUUAGUCGAAGCCGACAAUGAAGUUGGACUUGUCACUGAGCACCAUGAGGGGGACCACUCUCACCCGGGAACUCAGGGCAACCUGGACGCGCUUUACACACCCCACGACAAAGCGAAGGGAUCAUCGGAUCCCUUCAAAUCUACCAAUGACGAGGCAUCACACGAUGUCGCACCGGGUCAACCGAAAACCUUGACCCCCCUGUAUGUCCCGGAGCUUGGGGAUUGGGCAGAUGAGGAACCCGAUGACUUCGAAGAUGUUCCGAUUGAGGCGCCUAGCGCACCCGACUUACCCGAAGAGGCCACGCGGCAAAAGAGCGCGCGCGCGUUUAUUGGAAUUAUCUUUGCCAGUCUCUUGCAUGACGCAUUGGUCAACAUCUGCGUUGAGGAACGGAACAUUCCCAACCGGGAAGAAAUUUUAUCGUGGUACAACAACACGGUCAACGGACCGGAGGACGUCGACGUGUCAACCGCGCUGACACACCUGAUAUCAAACGAUCUUAUGAGGGACUCCGUGCGCCAGAUGUGCCAUUUAUAUCUGCGCUGCCGGCACGCGUCCGACGGACCAGACGUGGAAGUUCAAUACCAGGACAUGUCGUCCGUCGCCUCGGACUACACUCGAGCGGUUCUAGAGGCAUCCCUACCACAUCUGGACACGUUCACAUCAAUGGGAAGUCUCCCCAAAGUCAUGCCCUCGGAGACAUGCGAACAAUGGACGUCUAAGAUCAGUGAUGAUCGACGAACCAUCCUUUUGGACGCCAUCAACGAGGCCCUUCCCCUCGCAUACGACGACCUGCAGACCAGCUUAACCAGUCGGCGUGGGAGUGGCCCGGGAAGGCACCAACUCAUCACAGAGACUUGCCGGAAAGUGGCGCAAUGGGCGGAAUAUUCCGAAAGGUUUGGAGAGAACCUGGACGCGCUUCUUAUCACAAGUAUCAAAAACGCCGAUGGCGACUGGGAAGAAGAGCGGUGGCAGCUACAAGUGUGGGAGGAGCUGAUCGAUGACUUGUGGGACGACGUCAUCGCAGAUACCGCCCGGGCCACGAUUUGCAAGUUCCCCUGAGCCCUUGGCAUGGAUUCCCUCACAAUUUUGGAUAAAGUUUUGGACAGAAAUAGGA